AUGGCGACGAAACGCGGCAGCAACCCGAGCGUGUUCGCAGCUUUCAACCAGCUGCGCGUAGCUGGGGACGUGGAUUCGGACGACGGCAGUGCCGAGGAGCGGCAGCAGGAGCGCAAGGAGAAGCAGAAGCAGAAGAAAAAGUCGCGCUCAAAGAAGAAAAACAGCGACUCGGCGCAGCUCAAGGACUUGGCGUUCGUGUCGGUGUCAAAGCCCAAGAAGGGCAAGAAGACGGUACCGACAUCAACGCCGUCGCGGUCUCAGUCGCCUACGAAUUUGCCAGUGGACGAGAAACAGACUCCAAGUGGUGACAGUGACACGAAGAAGCAAGAGAAAGAGGUUCUUCGGCCGCAGAAACAGGUGGCCCAGGCUCGUGCAGUGCCGAAUGGUACAACGAAGAAGAAAUCGCCGUCCGUAUCGCAGCAGCAACAACAGCAUCUGAAGACAAAGACUGCGUCGCUUCGGGACCAACAACCGCAGCCUCAGGCUCUGCAGCAAGCACCGCCUGCAGCACCUGCUGUUGUCUCGCCAAUAGCAUGCACUCCUCAGUCUUCGUCCGAGAUGGAGCUGGGCGCCGUGUACACACCGUCGCACAUCACGAUCACGCGCGUGGACGGCCAGAUGAAGCGCACAGUGGCGGUGACGGAGGUGAUGGACCAGCUCCUUCGCUACACGCAGCAGAACUCACAGCUUCUGAUAGUGCAAGAGCAGCUGGGCCAUGCGAACCGUGGCCUGCAGGACCAGUUGCAACGACGCGACGAGAUUAUCACGGGUCUGCAGCACGAAGUGACAAUGUUCCGACAGAUGUGCCUGAACUUGCAAGCCGAGGUAUCGCUGCUUCGCUCCAUUGCCGCGCCAAGUAGCGGCAGCUCGGCCCUCCCGCAGCAGCAUCGUCCUCCGCCGGGCAUGUCUUGA